AUGAACAGCACCGAAAAAAUUGAGAAUGAAGACUGUCUGAAAAACAAAAAGGCAAAGCUCGCAAAAGAUAGAAAGAGACGUAAAGUUAGGUCAAAGAAAUGUAUCAACAGCAGUGAAAAUAGUGAGGAUGAUAUUCCCAUCGCUCAGUUGUGUGAUGAUUAUGAAUACGGCUUUGUGGAGAAUCAUGAUAUUUACGCCGUUUGUCAAGAAUUUGGUCGUGCUAGUAUCAGUAUUGGUUACAUAAAGAAUGUAGCGGAAAAUACUCUGCCGUAA